CAACAAAUUUAUCACAAAUGCAUCCGAUUGCGGCAAUACAGUUUUUUGAAACUCUGAGGUUCGUUGGAAUCUUAACAGUAGCGAAGGCUGCCAUUCAUCACGAACCUGCAACGUUUACUCCCAUAAUAAACAAAGAUAACCCUCAUCAGACGCACGCUGCGUCUGUACAUGUCUUAAAAGACAACCGUACUCUCAACGGGAAAGCCCCGUUUUUUACCGACACAAAAAUCAGGACGUCGAACAGAGGCAGCAAUAAUGCAACCGUUUCUCCGCAAACUUCAUCAUACACCAAGAACGAGAGGGUAUGCGAUACAGCGACAUGCAGAGAAAUCGGCGCCAAGAUUCUAAUGAGUAUUAACGUCAGUGCCGAUCCUUGUGAGGACUUCUACACAUAUGCCUGUGGACAAUGGAUUGACUCGCAGGAAAUUUUUGAUACAGAAAAAGCCGUCAGCCAAUUUUAUCUUAUGGAGAAACUUGCUAAACAAGUUAACAAGGAGCUGCUAAAGAACUCCUCAAGAAGCGCGUCCUCUUCGGAAGUCAAACUGAAACAGCUCUACAAACAGUGCUCAAAUGAAGAUCAAACUAACGAACUACGAGCAAGACCAGUGCUAGAUUUCUUGGAUCUGCACAUGGGUGGGUGGCCUCUAGUGACAGCAAACUGGAACUCCUCCAGAUUCAGUGUCUUCCGCGCAUUAGUCAACAGCCUGGCUGUGGGAACUGUCAGUUUCUUCAACAUCUCCAUCAAAGCUGACCUCGAAGACCCCCAGACCAGUAUUAUCUAUCUUGAGGCCCGGAAGAUGCACGAUAUUUACGAUGUGGUUUACAGAGAACAUUAUUUAAAUUUUUUUUAUAAUGUAACUGCAUUGGUGAUAUGGGAGCUGAAUUUCACUGAAGUCGACGGUUUAUUGGGAAUCGCAUCAAACGUUCAUUCGGGCAUGGAAGACAUUGUAAUACUUGAAAAAGAGCUAUACCAGCGGAAAACAGCCCAUGUUUACUUUACAAAAACGACCUUGGCGACGUUUGGAGAAGCACAUCAGUUCAAAUCUUGGCUUUUGAAAAAUAUGACAUCGUACAUCAAGGCAUAUUGCGCAGAAGUCGGAUUAACAGAACAGAUCGACGAUAACACCACCGUUAUUGCAGCAAAUCCAAAAUUUUGGCAAGUAUUGGAUAACAUUCUUGAUGAACUCGACAAACAAGGUGAGCAAGGAUUAAAACGCCUGGCGAAUUACAUCGGUUGGCGAGUGAUAGAAGCAUCAGUGGAUCAUUUAUCUAAGAAGUACCGGCAAAAACUGGCUGGUUUCGUUCAAGCAGUUUCAGUCAAAGGCCAAAAGAAUAGAAACAAUUUAACGGCUGAAGAGCGCUGCGUGGAUGUCGUGGCCAACGCGAUGCCGUUAGCGAUGGGAGCACUCUACGUACGGGAAGUUGUACCAAACGAUUUAAAGACGCAGGUCACGGCCAUCGUGGACGGCGUUGAGGCUGAAUUUAAAUUACUAUUAGCUUCCUCCAGCUGGAUGGAUGCUAGCACGCAGGAAGCAGCGCAGCGGAAACUCGCUAGAAUGCAGAAGAUUAUCGCUUAUCCACAAUUCAUGGCCUCCAACAUUUCAUUGAUCGACGCCGAAUACGAAAGCGCAAAUCGUUAUUAAAGACAACUACGCCCACUCCAUGAUGCAAAUCGAGAAAAGCAGGCGAUUUCGCGAACUUCAUCGUUUGGUACAGCAACCAUUUUUCGCUGUGGCGCGCUUGGU